GCUAAGUUCACAAGUUGUCACAUUCAAAGGUCUGCAGAAGCAGUAAAUAAUACAAUUUUAUUGAUCCAUCGAUCACCAAUAAAAUGGAGGCACAUGCUCGAGCUCCUGAAGCAUUGACAAAUACCAAGCCCAUGGAUAAAACAUGGAAAAUGUGGAAACAAGAGUUUUUUAUCUUUUUGAAGUUGGCUGGUUACGACAGCACUGACAGUGAGAAGAAAGCAUGUCUCUUACUACAUACAAUGGGAAAACUGGCUCAUGAAGCCAUGCAGAACAUGCAAUUUGAAAGUGAAUCCGAAAAGAUGGAUUAUGACAUUUUGAUCAAAAUGUUUGACGAAUACUUUGAUCCACCCAAGAGAGAAACCGAAGAACGAUACAAUUUUUACAUGAGACGUAAGAGAAACAAUGAAUCCGUUGAGGCUUACAUCACUGAUUUGAAAGAAAAAGCAAAAAGUUGCAACUUUGGCGACCUCACCGAAAGUUUGAUUCGUGACAUGGUGAUCUUAGAUAUAAAGGAUAAACAUUUGAGACAAAUCAUGUUCGAUGCAAAGGAUUUGGAUAUGGAUAAAUUGACAAUGCUGUACAAGCAAUUUGAACUCAACACCGAGAAAAUGAAAGAAGUUACAAUGAAAGUCAAUGAGAAUUUGUCAGAGGCUAAAAACGCAACACCUAGUGCUUCAAGGACAUGCUUCAAAUGUGGAAUAAGUCAUCCUCCAAGGAGUUGCCCAGCAUUCAAGAGCACGUGUGAGAAAUGUAAGGAAAAAGGUCAUUUUACUCAGAGAUGCAACAGUAAGAACAGAACUAAAGAUACAAGCAAGAAUUAUAAUAAUGCCCAAUCCCUGUUCAGUCAAACUUCUCUUGAGACAACCGAAGAAAAAAGGCUUAAUAAAGAGUUUCAGUCACACGAAGAGUCUCCUAUGAAUGGAGCAUUGGAUCUCACAUAA